UUGGGUCACAUUCAUUGCCGGAAGGUGUUCAGAGUCCUGAGGGAUUGUGCUGUGUAGUGUACUGAGCACAGCUAACAUUGGAGGAGCCGCGACCGCCCAUAGGAUAUCACAAUGACCGGCCUGCCUUCUGCCCCGCUGCUGCUGCUGGCCGCCGCCGUUCUCACGGUGACCCCUGCCACGGCCGCCACCCUCUCCGAGAGCACCAGCCUGGCCACGCUGGUGUCAGACGUGGUGGCACGCGCCACCAGCACCAGCGAGGUGCUCACGCUCAACCUCACCAACCUCAUCAUCCUCAUCGUCAUCAAGGCCAUCGUCAUCGUGUUCGGCAUGUUCGCGUUCGGCGGCGGGUUUGGCAGCCUCUUCGGCGGCGGUUUCGGCAGGUCGGCCGACGCGAGCCCCAGCGACUCGUGGCUGGAUCGCGAGGACCUGCUGCUGAUGCUGACGUACCUGCUCAGCUCUGACGGCAGCGACAACUACGAGUGCCUGAACAGGGUGGCCUGCGAGCAGCCCGACAGGGCGGCUCAGUACAUCAACGCCGGGAAGCUCCUCCUCGGCGGAGCCAAAAUGGCCGACAAGAUCAUCACCGUGAGUCCGGAGAAGUACACGAACGUGCUGCACGGCAUGCAGAAGGCAGUGUACCACGGCCAAAGCGGCGGCGUCUGCAGUCUGCGCUACAAGUGCUCCCGGCACUGACGUCGUUGCGACUUCACUGACCUCAGGUUGAUGGUGUCGUGAUGACGUCACUGACCUCAGGUCGCGUCAGGGGAGGGAGUUCUCAGCGGAGUGGCUCAACUCAGUCAGCGGGACACUGGGGACACUAAGGUGGUAUUUGGAAGCCGGCAGAAGCCUGAGCCGCCUGACAAGGUGCUGUUGUUGAAAAACAGCGCAAAAUAUCUCAAUGUAUGCUCCAAGCGCCCAGACCAUGAAUUUGCUGCUAAAUUGACAAAGAGUUAAAGUGAGGACAAGGGACUACGAUCAUGAAUCAUCUCGGAUCAGCCCCAGGUAAAUUUGAACCCUUCAAACCGAUAUUUUACUGGCAAGUGUCAUGAAAUUGGUGACAAAAAUACAAAUAUCCUGUUCAUUGUUCAGUGUAAUUAACGUAGAAUCUACUUUCAAACGACAAACAUUGUAAAUACUGCACUAUGUUAGAAUAUUUUAGCUUAUUUAUUGCCUCAUCAAUCGAUAUGGAGGACGCGUAAGUUUUGCUAGAGCUUCCAGAUUGAAACUGAACUUAAAGAAAAAUCGUGUCCCCUGUCACUUUUGCUCUGAAUGUGUUAGGUUUGCGCUGUCGACUCCACUCUUUUAUGUUUCCCCAUUUUAUUGUGUCUUGUUUGUUAUCAUUUGUAUGCUAAAUGGAAGUUCUGAAUGUUACCCUACAAUAAUUGUGUGCCGUCACUAUGCUUGCUUUGAAUCUCCAACCAUCGCGUUGUUCGCAGGAUUAUCUCUGAUAUUCCUCUUGAAGUGAAAUUGAUGAAAAUAAGAUUAAUCCAUCAUGAGAUUUAGUAUAUGGGUAUGAAUCAGUUGUACUCGGAGAUCAGCAGAAACGUCAGACGUUGUUACAAUUUAUGUCCGCCCCGAUUUCGUGUGUUUGACUGAUAUGCAUGGUCAUUGGCGAUGUGAUGAGACAAUAAACUCGUUAUGUUGUUUCACAA